AUGCUCUCCCUGGGCGGCGCCAUCGGCAAGUACCGCCUGGUGUCCAAGGAGGAAGCCAGGGAGGUCGCCCACUACAUCUGGAACAAUUUCUUGGGCGGAUCUUCCUCCAACCGGCCCCUUGGGAACGCUGUGUUGGAUGAAGUAGAUUUCGACAUCGAGGGAGGGAGCAGAGACCACUGGGACGACCUUCCUCGCUGCUUGAAGGCCUACAGCACGCCGGAGCGGAAAGUUUACCUGAGCGCGACUCCACAGUGCCCCAUGCCCGACUAUUUCCUUCAACCUGUGAUCGACACCGGCCUCUUCGACUACCUGUGGGUGCAAUUCUACAACUACUGCCGGUACUCCGGCAACGUUGCCACCUUUGAACAGAUAUGGAACCGAUGGACUUCCAUGAACGUAAGCAAGGUGUUCCUCGGAGUCCCUGCUUCUCAUCAGGCAGCUGGAGGUGGCUUCGUUAGACCCGCCGAGCUCAUUACUCAAUUCCGAGGUUAA